AUGGCAAUGGUAAAUCCUACACUGAGAGGUCUCGUCGCUAGGUCAAGGGCGAUAUUUCCCAUUUACCAGUCGACAUUUCUGUUCAGCACCGCAUCUGGCAAGGGCAAGUCUGGAGGGAAAGGGAAGUCAGUGGGCUCGCACUCAAAGGGCCAGGAGCCUCCGGCACUACUCGAAGGAUGCGGUAUCAUGGGAUCCUACGCAAACGCGCUCUUCCUAACAAGUAAAACCGCUGGAAAACUGAAUGAGGUUAUGAACGAUUUAAAAUUUCUGUCACAAUCACUGCAAACAUGCGAAGACUUUGGCAUCUUCAUCACAACACCGGGACUAAGUUCCGCUCAAAAAAUCAGCUUUUUAAAGGAGCAUACAGAGGGACUCACAGGGUCAAAGAUGCAAUCAGAAACCCUAAACUGCCUGGAGAUGUUAUUCGAGCAAAAGAGAUCCGGAGGUAUACAGCAACUUGCCAAGCACUUUGAAACGCUUUAUCUAAGUGCCAACGGUCAAAUCAAAUGCACAGUUCAGUCAGCAAAUGAUCUCUCUAGUGAUCACAAGAAGAAGAUAGUUAGUGGACUCAAGGAUAGGCUAGGAGAGUCAAAAGAACCCAUUAUAGAAUAUAAAGUCAACCCAAGUCUACUCGGAGGACUAGUCGUACAUAUAGGUGAUCAAGUUGUGGAUGCAUCGAUUGCAAACAAGUUGGAACGAAUCCAAUCGCAACUCAUGUCCAGAUAUUAA